UGUUACCGAAUGCCAUAUUUUCGAAUAAACAAAUCUUCUUUAUAAGGCGGACUAACUCCUGAAAAAUAUCAGUUGUCUUCCGUGAAUCUACUAGAAAGAUGACUCCUAAUUGCAAAUUGGUGGUACUCAUCUUAUCCUUCAGCUGGCUUGAAGGCAUAUAUGCGGCUGCCUUUUCUAACGUGGUAGUUCAAAGAGGUCCUGUGGAGUAUAUAAAUUACAAUCCAUCUGCAUUUUCAUUCACUAAGUCUCAAUUAGCCCAAUUAUCUUCAUCUCCGUUGGAGCAAGUUGUAUCUAUACCUGCAGUUUCUCCAUGCGUCGCGCCAUGUGUAAUUCCAAGCCAACCCAUAUCUGCACUGGCAUCUUUACCUGCCACUGCUAAUGCAAAAAUUGUUGGCUAUAGAACAUCAUUGCCAAAUGUACCUAUUUUAUUGGCAAAUAAAGAUGAGGCUACAGGCUACCAAUACGCAUAUGCUGUUUUUGACGAACAAACUGGGGACAAGAAGACUCAAAGUGAACAAAGUGAUGGGUCAGUAGUGCAAGGCCAAUAUUCGUUCGUUCAGCCAGAUGGAUUUCGUCGAGUUGUCGUUUACACCGCAGAUGACACGAAAGGAUUCAAUGCCGUAGUAAGAAAUAUUUCGCCAGAACAAGAACAUCCUGUAGAAGAAUCACUUGAAGUCAAUAAGGAAAGUAAACCAGUAGUGCUUCCGUGCCCUGAGAAUAAAAAUGAACAUCUAACCAAUGACCAAGUUAAUGAAGAGAUUUCUGUAGAAGCUACUAAAGGAGUUGAACAAAUGGAUGAUAAAAAGAUUGAAGAAAAAAGUGCUGAAAAAAGUAUAGAGAAGGUAGAAGAACAUGCACAAGAAGAGCCUCAGCCUCAGUCUGAGCCUACAGGAUUUAACACAAACAUACCAAACUCUAUUAUUUCUUAUAAUGAUGUAAUCAAUUGCCUUCAAGCUAAACUUCAAGGCACGAAAAAUGUAGUAUCUCCUUUAACUUAUGUUCUUUUUCCAUCUUCAAGGAGUCCAUGUUAAUUGAUAUGUGUGUGAUGACAUAUAAUUCUAAUUUUCAAUGAAAUAUUGUCUAAAGUUAAACCAAAAUAACCAUGAAAUUUAAUCUGAAUUGUAAUACAAUUGAACCACGAAAUGGAUCUACGAAUAACCUACUUACGCAAAUGUAUACAAGUAUUGUUUCGAUUAUUG